CGUUCAUUAUCUGUGGCAUUUUGGCUGCCAUUUGCUGCGUUCUGUCAGUUGUUCUUGAUGUUAUUGAGUAAAAUAUUUUUGUUUUAUUAGGUUUUUAGGUAAUUACUGAAUAAAAUAAGUCACAUAAUAUCAAUCCAUGAUAUUGAAAUAGUUUGUACCUAUAAAAAGUACAAAAUGUGUACGGAAGAGUGUGCGUUAUCAUUAUGAAGCCGUGGGACCAUGCUAAUUUAAUAUUAUUUGGUAGUGUCAAUAUUGUUUGUAUGAUUGUGUUGUAAAAUGUACACAGCAUGUCUUAUUUGAGCACUACAGAAAAUGUGGGUUUCAGUGGCAUACCCCAAAAUAUAUCAGAUGCAAGCUGCGCUACACAGUAUAAGAUGGCAGUUGAGGGUGUAUCUGGUUGCAGUGAUGUCAAUAUGUUCAUUCAUGACAACUCGGGGGAUGAACAGACAUACAUCACUCAGUUCAAUGAUAACUUUUACACAAAAUUCAAAAUAGAUCCCCAUGAAUUAUAUACAUUUCAUGAUUCCGAUGUUGUGGCAGGCGAGAUCACCGUGAGUCACACUGAGGAUAAUUACAUAUUUGACAAUGAUAUGAAAAGUAAAUUCAUUGAGAGUCCAACUAAAGACUUUGAUGUGUUAGCUGCAUUUACCAAUGGUGAUAUAAAAGAAGAGAAGAAAGAGGUGAUCUCCAAUGGGCAUUAUGCAUCAGUGUCUAAACCAGUUCAGACAAUUGUUAAAGAUAGCAAGAACACUCAUACCAAAGUGGCAAAAUCAAAAAAUGUUGCAAAAGACACUGUGAGGAAAGAUUCUGCUACAGUUCGUCGACCAAGUGUUCAUAGCCCGAAUGCCCAAAGUCCCACUCAUUGUACCAAAAACAGUAUUAAUAGCAUUAAUACAAAUAAUGUAAAGCAAACAUCAACUGGGAAACAAACUGGAGGUGAAACGUUUCUGGAUGUUUUCAAAAGAGAACAAGGUUUAAUUGAAAAUUUAUGUGCAUCAAUCAAAACUGAGCCUUCAGCAGGAUCUAUUAAAGUCCCCACUUCCCCACCUAAGAAAGCUGUGUCAGGUAAGGCAGCGUCCCAAUCUAAGGCCCGGCGCGGGCGGGGCCCGGCGGUGCAUGAGGCGUUGCAGCGGAUACCGGUGCAAAAGCGCGCAAUACCAGUCCCCUGCGGCACCUGGCACGCGCCAGGGGACAGUCUGUUCAGUUGCGGUCCCCUGGACUCCAAGCGGCCGACGUUCACUUACCUGGAGAGCAGCAGCAGCGAAGAUGACAACAUGCCGGAAUUCGAAUCGGGGUACGGCGAGGUAUGCGUGGAAGAGAGCGCGGCGGAGUCGAGAGGGUCUCGACUGGCGUUGCGACGGGCGGCGCUGCGGAGGCACGUGGCGCGUGCGCACGCCGCGCUCCGGCUAACGAAGGACCACCGGGACGACCGCGCGCUGACCACAUUGAUCAAGAAACAACUGGCAGGGCCAAACUCAUCGGGUCAACUGCCAACGCAAACCUUAAACCAUCUACUGGCGACGCGAGGGAUGAAUUCUGUUCUGACGUCUCAAGAAAGGAGACGGUUGCGCGAAAGCGGGUGGUCUGGUGGCGAGAGUGGUUCAGGGUUGGGUCCGAGCGGGAGUGGCGCGAGCGGUGCGACGGCGUGGUGCGCGACGGAGCGUUGCACGGCGCGCGCGCUGCCGUGCGGGCGGCACUGCCUGGCGCACGUGACGCUGGCGGGCGAGCAGCGGCUGUACGCGGCGUGCGCGGCGGUGUUCGCGGGCGGCGCGCGCUGCCGCCAGCCGCUGCUGCCGCUGCACGACCACACGCCGCUCUGCGCCGAGCACGCAUGGAAGCGGGAUAACUACGACAAGCUGAGCCGCGAUAGCCGGCCGAAGAAGGUGGUGCGCACGCGCGUGGUGUCGGGCGCGCGCCCCCCGCGCCGCGCCAAGCGCCGCCGUCGCGCACCGCCGCGCGCGCCCGCGCUCCGCCCGCUCGCGCUCGCGCCCGCGCCCUCCGCCGACCACUCGCUCUCAGAAAUCAACGUGUGUUCAAACUCAUCAACAUACGACAGUUCGGAAGAUACGGCUAUGGGCCCUUUGAGUGACACAGAAUACAUCGCCAGCUCCACCAACCAUAACGAUAUAGAAGUAGAAGUAGGACAAGUGCCCCCCGACGACAUACUAGACCCGGCGGUGUUGAGUCAGAUUCCAGAUGAAGCUUUCACGGAAUUUUUCAAUCAAGCGGAGGGCGGCGCGGCGUUCGCGGAGAGCUCGGAGCUGGCGGCGGCGCUCGAGGCCGUGCUGGACGAGCGCGCGCUGCACUCCAUCGACACCAUGCACGACGUCUUCACGCACGCGCACGCGCACGCGCACGCACACGCGCACCUUGCCGCUAACAAGAUACAAGUUCCGGAGUCAGUGUCAUUAGAGAUGUCGACGAGCGCACCGUCAUAACACCGCUUCAUGUACGCGAUAACAAACUUAGGAACAAAUUCGAUAUUCAUAGUCUCAAGAGUAAAACAUAUUUUUCUUCAUGCUUUAAUUUUUGUAUGUAUGCGAUUAGUUGAGGUUACAGUAAGUGAUGUCUGCGUGAUGUUGGGUUUUAGUGAAAAUGUCGAUGAAUUUGUAUCGAUGCUUCCGAAUAGUUGAGUUUGGAAAUAAUAAUCCUUAGGUGACAACUGACACGCCAUUUUAUGAGUGCGUUUAAUGUAGUGAUCAAAUGACGGUUCGCGGUGCGUUCGUUAAGCGUAACCUAAUGCACAGUGCGUUGGGGAAGCGAAGAUCGAAAUGCGAAGAAAACAUUUUUUAAUGUCUAACCGGACAAUUUUCUUUUUUUUUUAUCGUUCUUACGAAGCAGCCAUAUGCUUCAGAAUAUAUUUUGUACCUUAGGUUUUUGAUAAGAGUUUCAAACCCUGUGUAUUUAAGCAUGUUGAAACCUAACGAUAAUGUUUGAUGGACCGAAAUCACCAGAAGCAUUUGCCAGGCAUAUAUUAUCUGCCUAUACUUAAUGUAAUAGUCUAGAUUAGAUGAAUUGUUGUUAUGUAGAAAUGUGUCGUGAUUUUAAAAAGGGAAUUCGUGCCUAAUGUGCACUGCGGUAUUAAGGAAAGCAACGAAAUUGGACAUAAAAAGGUAAGAUAGAAAUAUUGCAUUAUAUGAAAACACCACAGUGUGCACUGGGCUUUAGAAUACGUGUUAGGUGAACGAGAACGUGUUUGAAAGUAAAACGUGACGUGGUUAGCUUGUUUCGAUGUAACGUGUUGCAAGUGUGUAUGGUGGUAGAUCGAAAUAAGAUGUUAAAUUUUACACGAAUUAAUUUCAAAGUUACUAAAUCAACGCCUUCCAAAACUGUAGACUAAUCGGCGCCAGUAAGUGCUGGUUGCAUCGUUUUGUACCCACUAAGGCUGCGGCUGCGACAAAUUCGAUUUGUAUAAUGGGUUAUAUGUGGUUUUCGAUGUUUUACAUUAUGACUUAUUUACUUAGUAACUGACUGAAAAGGCGAUAUAAUAUGAAGCGAUAUGCACGCCAAUCGAUUCGAUAGCAUUCGGUAUUGUGUGGUCGCGGCCUAAGCUGGAAAGUUAUAACAAUAUGCCAAUAUUAAUUCAUAGUUAGUAUCGAUAUCUCAGCAAUAAUAGAUGUGUAUGAAGUAUUGAGAUUGUGUGGUUGCGGAUUUGUGCGUAUAAUGCAUUCUGCAUUAAUGUAGAAUCCUCGAAAAGACUUCGCCCUUUUUCUUCAUUUUCUUUAUUAAUUUAAGUCGAGCAGUCAUUGAAACUCAUCGAAAUAUUAUUUAUUUUUCGUACCAUCAAAAUAUACAUAGUGUUAGAAACAGAACCAAAUAAAUAAAUAAAAAAAUAUUUUUGUAUGUUCCUAAAUAAACAUUAUGUGAUUAUUUACGGUUGGGGCGUUAUUGGUUUGGAUAUUAAUUUGUUAGUAUUGAAUUGGUUAUUUAAGUUCGGAACGUAUCGGUUUUACCACGGUAAAAGUACAAUACAAUCUAAAAUCAAUAAAUAAUUUGUUGUUAAAUAUUAUGAAUUCCAUUUCCAAGUUCGGUUUUAAACGAUAAUACGUCAAUGUAUCUUAAUAUUUUAUCUGAGAGAAAUAUACAUAUUCCAUGCAAUAAAAAUAGGACGUGUUCGUUAGAUUGUAUAUUUUUUAACGUAGUUCUAAAAUCGACCAUACGCUAGUGUAGAAAUUCGACAUUGAGCCGAUGUCUGCCAUGUUGUUUCCAAGUGACUUAUGAUAAGAAAUCAACACGAUGACACCAUUUAUAAAUGUUCAAAUGAUAGAAUAGAAGUUUAUACAGAUCAGGGCCGGUCCCGAUAUAUUGACAUGUAUGCCUUAUAAUAGUUGCCCCAAACGGGAUAAUGAAUUGUUAUUUAAAGAUUACCUACCAGAGUGCCAGCCCUGUUGAGAAUUAUAGACUUUACAGUAUAUCGGAAUUUAUUAUGGUGUUGUUAUUACUCAUGCACAUUUAUCGACUAAUCAUUACUAACUGAAAAUUUAGAAUUUAAGAUUUAUGUCGCGAAAUGUAUGUGAGUCGUAUGAAAUAAUAAAGUAUAAUCGAUUGUAGUAGGAUAUUGAUGUAUUUGCGGAAUAGUUUAAUGUAGGUAAUAUUUGAUCUACAUGCGAACGGUUGUACACCACGAUUCCAGUCGUAUAAAAAUCGCAGCGGAAUUUUAUAACUAAAAUUGUUUCCCGAGUGUCGACUCUAUUGAGUCGAUAAUAAUUAUCGAUAAAAUGUUCUACUUACAUCUUAGUAUUUUUUGUAAGUCAACUACUUGCGAACUAUAUUAGCAGUGUACUUUUAAAUGCUAUGUAUAACGAUAAAAAAAAUAAAUGAAUAAUCUAUAAUCGUGGUGCAUGCGACCGUAGGACUGUGACGGGAGACUCCGAGACCGCGACAAUAAUGGCAUCAUGGCAGCCGGCUCGUACAUACGUAGUAUAUAAAUAUCGGAUACGCUUAAUUCUCCAUUAUGCAGUACCUGCACUUUCGUUUUAUAACAAUUUAUACAAAUUACAAUAGUGUUAGGAACUUGUAAUAAAUGUAUGUAUUUUUUACUUGCUAGUUAUUUAUUGUUUUUAACAUUUUGUAGAUCAAUUCGAAUUGACUGCUCUUAGGGAGAUUAACGUAAUGUAAGUAACUCUGCACUUUUAGUUUAAGGUUUGUAUUGUAGAUACGGAGCAUGCGUCAGCGGAAUGUAGCGAAUCAAAUACGCGUAUAAAAAUAUCGCCUACCAUGUGAUAAUGUAAGUAGGUAUUUGUUUAGUCUCGUCUCAAUAAGUUCUGUUCGCAUCGUCUGUUAUUCAUUGGUCAUUCUCAUUUGUGAUUUAGGUGUUUACACAGAUUCAUUACGUGCGAUGGCCGUAGAGCGUUUGGCGUCUGUGCACUCGCAUUACUGAAGGGUUUUACCACUAAGUUAUUCUGGAUUUGUAAUGAACACUGUGUUUUGUGUCGAAUCGAUUUUAUUUUAAGUUUUAUGUAUCGACUGUGCCACCGAACUAUCAUAAUUUAAAUUAUUCGUGAUUUACUUAUGAAUAAAUCGAUACUGCCUAUCCUUGCUUUGAAAAUAAAUUCAAGGACCUAUGUCAAUAUGGCGGGCUUGUUUAACUUCAUGCCACUCAUUAGAAGGUAAUUGUAUACAACUUUGACCAUGACGAGCACCGUUGAAGGUACGCAGGUCGAUUGUUCACAACAUAAUCAAGAUACAUAAUCUACGCGGCUUUGAUGUUAUACGAAACUAUCAAAUGUAAAGUGUGACAAUUAAAUUUAAGUAUCGGUGUUGUAGCAGUUCGCGCAAUGUGUUCGACAAACUUAAGAUGUAUCUACGUCGCAGGUUAUGGUGAAGGCGGUUAUGAAUUUUUUGGUGUUUAAAAAUUAUAAUGGCAUUAAAAUAUAUUUUGCCGAGCAUUUACUAAAGUUUAAUUUGAAAAUAACCGUAUUUCACCUAAGCUUGGGACAUAAAUAAUAUAGAUAACCGCUACCUCUUUGAAUGCCUGAAAUUGUUCACUGUUUAUUGUCCAAUGUGUGUAACAUGAUGAUGUUAAAAAAAGUGAAAUAAACAUGAAGAAAUUUUGACUCUUA